AGUUGGUGUGAACUUGGGUGGACUCCAGGGGAUGGUGGAGGACAGGAAGGCCUGGAGGAAUGUUGUCCAUGGGGUCGUGAUGGGUCGGACACGACUUCACGACGAACAGCAACAACAACACACAGGAUUUAGGAUAAAUAAUCCCAUGUUUGUUUUUAUCUUUAGAAUAAGAAUGUAGAACUAAGAACAUAAGAAAAGCCGUGCAGGAUCAGACUGAUGGUCCAUCCAUUUUAGCUUUCAAUUCACAUGGUGGCAAACCAACUGACCACUGAAUCCCUCAAGACAGAAUGGGUAGAGUUCCACCUGUCCAGGUUCCUCAGCAACUGGUGAGGGUGAGACUUACUCCUGAAGUACAUCAAAAAGGCAGGAAAAGUGUGUAUACUGUAUGUUACCUUGUCUUGCUUUAUUCUAGUCUGGAAAAGCUCAAAUUUAAGUACAAGAAAAGGACGUAACUCCCCUACAACUUAUUACUCAUUAAUUACAUAGUUCUCUGACCAGCCUCCCCAUUUGAAGAGUGUAUUUUAUUUAUUAAAUUCCCCCCACCCCAUUAGCCAGGUUGCCUCUCUGGGCAGCUUACACAAAUAUAAAACAGAUACAAUUAAACAAUCAUAUUAAAUCUAGCGUAAAUGCUUACAACAAUAAAACAUAAUAAAACCCUACAAUAAAACCCCACAACAGUCACAACUCAAAUUAAUUGAAGGACACAAUAGCACUAAAAUACAAUAAAUGCCAUAUAAAAUGGAUUUUAUAUUGAUUUAUAAUUUGUAAUGUGGUUUGAAAGCAUCAAAGUCCCUUAAUGUAGGCAUACACAGUACUACUUGAAAUUCCAAUAAGUAGCACAUAUCAUAGACAUUGUACAACUCCCUGUAGUAGCAAAAAUACUAAAAUAUAUAUUCUGAUGUGGUAUAAAGAACUGUCCAGAAAGACCAAACAUAAACAAUGGAUAUAGCAAGUUUUGAUUGGUUGAGGGGCAGCCUGUAUAAGUUCCAAUGGACUGACAGUGGGCAUGUCUGAGUAACAGCUGGGUUAUGCAAGGCCUAGUCUUCAUUGCACAGAGCCAGAUGCCAGGUUUUCAAACAAAGCUGCUUUCCUCUGUUCCUGUAUAUAACAAUUGAAUAAUCAAAGCAGUUGAAAACUGUGCAGUACUCAAUGUGAGGCUUGCAGGAGUGUGAUUUAACUGACCUACAAGUCAAGUUCAGGAAUGAAUAUUUGCAAGCUUCCAGGCAAAAUGUAGAAGACAUACUGUACCAAGGAGCCAUAACUGAAGUGCAGCUUAGGUAAAAGGCUAGUGGCUGCUCUCUAAAGGUGUACAACUUUGAGGUGUCUCAGAGGAGAAAAAUGUUUUUUUGUUUCCUAAGCAUCCUGCUGUAAAUGAGCUUUUCUUCUACAACUGCAUAAGAGUGUUGGCAACAUAUUGGCUGCAUUCACACAUCAUAGUAAGCCGGGGUUACCAUUCGUGCAAUGCCCAUAGUUGGUUUAACCACUUCCGCUUUCUGUUAACACCAAGUAAGUUCUCACUGGAUUAUUUGCAAGGUUUGCAGCAGGCACUUGUUAAAAGCCACAGGUCCAUUUGGGUUUCAUUUGCGUCGUCUUGACUCACAUACUCAAAAGGACCCCCUUCUCUUGUGCUGCUCCAGAGAGCCAAUAACUAUACUUCCUUCCCGUUGAGGUCCCUCUUCUUGCUCCACGGUUGAUUGGUGGCUUCUUCCUACGCUGCCUUCAAAAAGCGAAUAGGUACUCCCACAUGGCCCCCACCUGGCUCAGAGCUUCCUGCUGCAGUGUAGUGUACAGCAGGUGGUGCUCAUAUAAUAAGAGUCAUGCUGGAUCAGACCAUUGCUUCCACUCAAUGGCAAAGAGCUGCCCAGAUGCAAGACAUCAAAUGCAAGACGUCAUUUCCCCCAUAUGCAACACCCUCCCACGCAAGGUCCCCAGCAACUGGUAGACAUAGGUAUAAUGCCCCUGAUACUUUGAUUACCCUUUCUGCAUUUUUUGCAGCUCUACGAUAUCCUUCUCUAGGUACUAUGACCAGAACUGCACAAUCACACCAUAGUUUGUAUACCGCAGUGUGAAGGUGGAAGAUUUAUUCCAAACAUGGAGUUUGAUUUUUUUUUCAUAGCAACUGCACAUUUGGUUGACAUUUUCAUCAAGCACUACAGCUGCAAGAUCUCUUUCUUUAAGGGUUGCAGGGUCAAUUCCCUUGAUUUUUGCCCUGAAUUUUGAUGUGAGUAUGAACUGAUACAAGUGCAACAUGCUUACUGUGUUUUGAUAGUAUGUAGGUGUAGAAUAUAUCAGAAAAUCUUGGGGUUGCUUGAAAGGUUAUGCUUCAGAGUGCCAUACUCUGUACUUUCUCACUGAUAGGGAAACCAGUCAGUCUUAGGUAAUGGUAUGGAAGGGUUAGGAUCUUCCACAGGCAAAUUAGGCCAAAUUGCUGCAGAUUUUUGGUGGCAGGUUCUGUUGAGACACGCUGCUCCCAUUCCUUUGCUGGGUUUAGAGGUAGGUUCCAUAGCUUCUUUCUGCUCAAUGCAGAAAUAAAACAGAUGGCCAAGAAAAGGGAGUUAUCAAACCCCUAAUCUGUGAGUGCACUGCAUCUCUGUAAGGAAAGUCUCCUCCUGCAGGCCAGCAUAGAAACCAGGUGGACUGGUGGAAGAAAUAGGGAGUGGUGUGUGCUUCUGCCAUCCUGCAGCAUUUAUGGCCUGUAAAAUGUCUUAGAGUCUUAUAAGGGCUAGUGAAAGUGACAGAGCUUCUCUUGUCCUCCACUCCCCCUAAUGAGUAAAAGCAAGGCUGAUAGCUUUUGGGGAUUUAUUUAUGAGGUUGUAUGGGAAGAUUAGGCAUCAUUUUAUAUUGCAGACUGCGAUGAGUGCAUGGGCAGUGCUUGUGUGUGCAUGCGCAUGCAUGAAAUAGCCCCUCAGCCCCCGUUGAAUUUAAUAUGACCUGUUCUCAGGUGAGUAUAGUAUUGCAUCCUGGAUCUCCUCAGUGCUGCUGCAUUUCUCCUCACCUCCCUGCCCCAGAGUGCCAAGAGUCCCCCCAGAGUGAUGCCACUCUAAGUCCUCUUCACCUGGGUUGCCAUUCCCAUUGAUUCAACCCUGAUAACACCCGAGCCACAUGAUCUAAAUGCCUCUUGAGUGUGUCUUGAACAACGUCCUGGACACUUUCUGACAAGUUACCAUAGUGGUAAGGACACCCAGCUGUAAACCCCCUUUUGCCAUAUAAAGGGCUUUUUGGCAUGUCCUGACAGCCCACUGUGGGCUGUUUAACCCACAGUGAUACUGUGGUAUGGGUGCGGUAAAUGUAGCCACUGUUUUGGAUAUGCAGUCCUUACUCGGUGGUUGUUAUGCUUUGCAAACUUGAGUGUAGGUUAUGUUAGGGUUAAACAAGCCUUGCAUAACCCAUGUUCACUGGGCUCACACAACAGCCCGUGAGUGGGGGUUGGAUAUAUAACUGGUACCCGUGGGAGGUGUGGCACGCCAUCCAAACUGAGCAGAAGAGAAAAAUAAAGUAUGUUAAACUAUAAGGAUGUUUUAUACAUCCUUAUAUUUUAAAAUUACCCAAGAUGAUCCAGUGGAAGCCUUAUUCAGAAGCACAAGAAUUCAGCUUCAUUUAUUAAAUUACUUCAUCCCCUAAGAAGGUUCCCAGCAAGGUUUCUGUCUGAGGAGGUUCAUCUAUAACUAAAGAGCCACUGGACUUGUUAACAAAUGUUACCAAGAAAACUUGGAAUGGGAAACACUUGUUAAUUGUAAGCUUUCAUUAACGUCUUUCAGGAUCUAAACAUUUAAAUGAAAUACUAGAGGCCCAGAUUGAAGUGCCUUCUUAAGUUGUGAAACUUACUGAAUAACUUGGGCAAGUCAUUUUCUCUCUGUGUAACUGUUUUCUCUGAUAAAACUACUGUGCAUGCAGUAAAAAGCUUUUUAAAAUUUAUGUUUUUAAUUAAUUUUGUGAAGUUUUUACAGAACUGCAGCAGUUAGUGCUGGAUUUUGAUGAGAAAAUUGCCCUUGAGGACAGAACUUGUGUAGCAGUUUCAACAUUCCUGUCUGUCCACAUCAUUUUAUGAAAGCAUACAUUUCUCUGUGUCCUCCUUUCCCUCUGGUGGUUUGUGAAAAUUUGUAUUAAUCUUACUUGCUAUGUCUGUGUGAAUUUCUUGCACUGAUUAAAUGAGUAAUGUGAAGAAUAGUCCAGUGGAAUUGCUUGGCAAUUCACCUGAAAAGAGAACGCUGCACCUGGUUCCUCUCUCACUUUUCCUGGGCUAUGAAAAUGUUUGUGGUGGGAAAGGGGGCGUGCACUACCGGCCGCACAUGUCAGUUUUCUGAAGUCAGAGGAGAACAGCAGGAUGAAGGUCACUGUGGCUGUUCCCAUUAACCUAAUGAGAACUGGGAUGUGGGAGAUAGCUACCCCAGAGCAAGAAGAUGUCCCCAUGUCAUUGCAUUGUAUAUCUUUUUUAAAAAAGUUGAAGAUCCAAAGGCAAAGGAGCUGCUUUAUCCAAAGCCCUGCUAGGUUUAUGCCAGGAAGACGGGUACUUUUACAAUGAAAUGGUGCUUUUCUCUAUUCUUCCCCUACCUGCAAGUUGGAAGGGGGUGUUUUUAUACUUUUAAAAUUUCUUUCCAAGCCUGACAUAGAUUUCUAUCAGUUCCAGGGACAUACUGGGCAAAAUGGGAAGGAUAUGAAUCCAGUGGCUCCCAUCAUUUCCUGCCAUAUCUACUUUUGCUUCUACCAGAGCUGGAGUUCCACCAUGAGGGAGACACAACUGGGAUAGGGUUUCUGAAAUCAGAUCUUCCUUUGUGCAGUUUAGACUUAUCUCUAUUUCUCUGCCCUCAGAGGGAAAGAAUGCAAACAUCCUUCCAGGCUCCUCAGUAAUUCAUACUAGUCAGAAGCUCUUUGCCAUAAACCUUUCUCUUCUGGCACUAUGCAUCCUAAUCCUGGACCUUUACAGGAACUGCUUUUUCUUACAGUUUUCUUCUCAACUACAGCUUCAGACUUGAUCCCUCGCUUUCUUUCUGAGCCUCUUUCUACUGUCCAGAAGCCUGGUGCAACUGUAAAACUUCACUGCUCUGUUGAGCCAUCUACAGCUCACGUAUCUUGGCUAUUCAAUGGAGAGAAAUUGCAUAAGAAAUUGGAGCAAGUAGACACACAGCCAGGAUUCCUGACAAUCUUCUCUCUCAGUCCUUCAAAUUCUGGUACCUACCAGUGCAUUUCCAACAACAGCAUUGGUGCAAUUAUCAGCAGACCUGCAACAGUGUCUAUAGCGUAUCUUGAUGAUUUUGAGACUUCAACAAGGAAAGCAAUAACAGUAGAAGAAGGGAAUACUGCUUUGAUUGGUUGCAAACUACCAAAAAGCAGACCAGAGGCACGGGUCCGUUUCCGUGUACGAGGAAGAUGGCUGGAACAAUCAACUGAAAACUACCUAAUUCUCCCUUCUGGAAAUCUGCAGAUUUUGAGUGUAUCUUUACAAGACAAGGGCUUCUAUAAGUGUGCAGCAUAUAACCAUGUCACUGAAGAUCUCAAACUUGAACCUACUGGACAUAAGCUAAUAAUCAGCAGCUCUUCCUCUGAUGAUUUCCACAUAAUUCACCCCACCGGUUCUCAGACUUUGGCAGUACCUCAGCACAGUCCUCUGAUGUUGGAAUGUGUUGUUAGUGGACUAUCUGUUUCUUAUGUCCAUUGGUAUAAAGAUGGCAAAGAUGCUCUCACUAGAGGAAAGUGGCGAAUUCUUCACUCCCAUCUUAUGACUGACUCAAUUGAUACAUCAGAUGCUGGAAACUACUCCUGUGUGGUGGAUAACAAGUCUGGAGUUGUGAAGCAUGUAAACUAUAGCGUGAAUGUACUUGAAUCUGCUUCAAUUUCCAAAGGACUGCAGGAUCAGGUAGUAUCUCUUGGUAAAAACGUGCAUCUCUCCUGUGAAAUACAUGGAAAUCCGAUGCCAAAUCUGACCUGGUACCAUAAUGCAGCUCCUGUCCAUCUUUCUUCACGUCACUUAUUUUCAGGAAACAAAUUGAAAAUUAUUGGUGUCACCAGAGAGGAUUCAGGAUUGUAUCAGUGCCUAGUGAACAACGGUGUUGGAUUUGUGCAGUCCACUGCAAUGCUUCAUUCACAAGCAGACAGAGGUCUCAAGCCAGUUAUAACUUCAUUGCCACCAAUCACCAGAGUGACUGAUGGGGACACAGUCAUGUUAUCCUGCAAUGCCUCUGGGUUGCCCGCUCCUGUUAUUCGCUGGUACAACAGCCAUGGGCUGAUUACCAGCCACCCUUCACAGGUUCUUCAUUCCAAAUCCCGCAAGCCAUCCUCCCAGAUACGAACUGGCAACUCCAUUUCAGACAGAGCCUACUUCAUUAUGUCUCGCAGUGGAUCAAGCUCCUUAUAUGUCCAGCCUGUUGCAUUAGAGCAUUCUGGGAAAUACACCUGUGAAGCCGCAAAUGAAUAUGGGCUGGCUCAUUCAGAGACGGUGCUCACAGUUGUUUCUGAUGAAGCUAGUACAAAAGCAGAAGAAAUUGCUCCUGCGGAAGUUGCCCAGAGUGAUGAAGGAAAUGAAGAUUCAGAAAUGGGCCUCCAGGGAUCAUCUCCAACAGAGAUUCCUACUGAUGAAAUGGCUACAGAAAAAAUAUCAAAUGGCAUUUCUCCACCAGAAGCUCCAAUCAUUCUCAGUCCCCCACAGACACAUAAACCAGAUCAGUACAACCUUGUGUGGCGGCCUGGAAAGGAUGGUGGCCAGCCAAUUAAUGCGUAUUUUGUGAAAUAUCGCAAGCUGGAUGACAAUGUUAAUGUCACAAGCUGGAAUACAGUUCGUGUCCCUGGAAGUGAAAAUGAACUGUGUCUCUCAGAAUUGGAACCCUCCAGUCUCUAUGAAGUCUUAAUGGUAGCUAGAAAUCUGGCUGGUGAAGGCCAGCCUUCCAUGCUUACUUUCCGUACUAGCAAAGAAAGAUCAGCCUCCUCAAAAAAUACACAGGCUCCCUUGCAACCAGUUGGUAUUCCGAAGCACUCUGUUGUUCAGGAAGGUGCAGCUAACAAUUUUGGUGUGGUGCUUCCAGAUUCAUCUCGACACAGUGGAGUUCCUGAGGCACCAGAUCGACCCACUAUCUCUACAGCAUCAGAGACGUCUGUUUAUGUCACUUGGAUCCCGCGUGCAAAUGGUGGAUCACCUAUUACUGCCUUUAAAGUAGAAUAUAAACGCAUGAACAGGAACAGCGAGUGGCUGGUUGCGGCUGAUAAUAUCUCUCCUUCUAAACUUUCGGUGGAAGUUCGCAGUUUGGAUCCAGGAGUUGCAUAUAAGUUUCGUGUGAUUGCCAUUAAUAAUUACGGAGAGAGUCGACGAAGUUCUGCUUCUUGGCCUUAUCAAGUAGCUGGCUUUACCAACCGAUUUUCCAACCGUCCUGUCACAGGUCCUCACAUUGCUUACACUGAAGCAGUCAGUGACACUCAGAUUAUGCUAAAAUGGACGUAUAUUACUUCAAGUAACAACAACACACCUAUCCAAGGAUUUUAUAUCUAUUAUCGCCCAACUGAUAGUGACAAUGACAGUGAUUACAAGAGGGACAUUGUAGAAGGCACAAAACAAUGGCACUUGAUAAGCCACCUGCAACCUGAAACAUCAUAUGAUAUUAAGAUGCAAUGCUAUAAUGAAGGAGGUGAAAGUGACUACAGCAAUGUCAUGAUCUGUGAGACCAAAGUGAAACGCACACCUGGAGCAUCAGAGUAUCCAGUGAGAGACCUUAGUACACCACCUAAUUUGCCUGACCGGGGAGCUGGGAGCAAUGCUGGUCAACCAAGUGGUCCUGUCCGGAGUAGUGACAUGUUAUACCUCAUCGUGGGUUGUGUCCUUGGAGUGAUGGUCCUUAUUCUGAUAGCCUUCAUUGCCAUGUGCUUAUGGAAAAAUCGGCAGCAAAAUGCCAUGCAAAAGUAUGACCCUCCUGGUUACCACUACCAAAGUGCUGAUAUCAAUGGGCAAGUGGUUGAAUACACAACAUUACCAGGCACAAGUCGUAUCAAUGGCAGCAUACAUGGAAACUUCAUCAGCAAUGGCAACCAUAACAAUGGUUGCCUUCACGUCCAUCACAAGGUUCCAAAUGGAAUGAAUGGGAUUAUGAAUGGUGUUGUCAAUGGAGGAACUGGUGCUUAUUCAGGACAUUCCAACUCCUUGAGCAGAGCACACAUGGAGUAUGAACACACUCACUCCCUAGGAAAUGGUGGUGAUGUUUACACACUGAUGCCUCAGACAGACCCUUCAGAGUGUGCGAGCUGCCGGAACUGUAGGAACAAUAAUAGGUGUUUCUCUAAAACCAGUGGCACUUUUGGCAACAGCACUGCCCCUGCAAUGCCCAUCAUAGCACCUUAUCAGCAGGACAGUUUGGAAAUGAAACCAUUGAAUCAUGUGAUGGUUGCUAUGUGCUUCGCCUCCACAGUCCCAGGAUGCAGCAUGGAGAAGGAGGAAGACAGUGAGGAGAAGGUGGCGCCCCCGUCUCCUCAGGACUCCUGUUACCAAGAAAAUGUGAACCCGCUCAGUACAGAUUGUGUAGAAGAUAACAGUGCGCAUUCGGAAACAUCCAAUCAUGUGUUGAGCUGGAGCUCCCUUAUUCUUCAACCUCUUUCGAAAGAUUGUAAUGAAAAGACCGAAAGGAUUUCAAAUGGCGCUGCAUUAGACAGCCUGGGGGGCCUUCAGCAGCUGCAAAUACAAGAGACUUAAGAAGCGUCUUCCCCCCCACCCCACUUAAAGCCAGUAACUGCACAGCAGAGUCGCUCAAAGGGACUGACAGCAGGAUGUUAAUUAUAAGAAUUGCUAUUUAUUAUUAUUUUUGAUGCAGUGUCCUAUGAAUGUAUGUUUUAAAGCCUUUUCAUAUUAUUUAUGCCUUGAGAAAUUCCUCCUACCCAUCCCAGGAUGAAAUCAUUGUGACUGUCUGAAGCUAUGUAGUAAUAAUGGGGACCGUAUCAGUGCCUUUCUUUGACAGUGGUCACUGGAAAAAUAUGAUUGCAGUGAGGUAUAAACAUUAGAAAACCUGUUUAUUGGAGUAGUUCAAAUCCAAAUUGUUCUGUGGCUUGUCAUUUGUACUUUCGGAGUAUAAUCCAACAGGUUAGUCCUAUGCAAAUGGAAACAAAGCAAUUUCAUUCUGACCAUUAUAAUGUAUUAGUGAAAUUGACACCACCUAAUUCUAAAGAAACCUAAAAUGAAACAAUUGCAUAUGGAAGCAUAGCAGUCUGGACUCGCUUACGGUUCUUAGUGCUACAUGACCAAUUACAAGCCUACAGUGAGGAUCAUUUAAGUAAAUCUAGUCAAAGGAUGACGUGAUGAUUUUUAGCAGAUAGAUAGUAUGUAUGGAAUAAUAAUAAUGAUAUAAAAUUCUUGCCAUGGUAAUUCCAGUUAGCAAGAGGCACAAAAUAGACAACAUAAUGUCACUGCAGCAAGCAUUAUUGGAAAAAAUAUAUCUAGCCUUUACUGCAGGGUGUGUGGAAUAGUUGAGCGUGGGUAUUUUAUACCCGUGCCCAUGCUGCCAUUCUAAACCUUUCCUUCUCCCCUGCUCCAUGUUCCUGUAAUGUGUACAUUGCGUGCUUCACCCUUCUUGGAUUGGGUUAGCCUGUUUUAACCACAUUGUGGGGUACUGUGCAAAACAAGUCGGGCAGGAGAGGUAAAGAACCAUGUAUGUGUCCAUGAUAUAGGAAAGCAGCUGCAAUUGUGCAGGAUUGGAAACGAGGCCUCUUCUGCAAAGAAAUCAUGGUGUCUUUAUCUGGCCAUAGUUAUAUUAGAUAGAUAGGUUCAUACAUGCAAUCCACCUUUCUAAAAAUUCUAAAAUGGCAGGUGAGAGGAACAAAUGGCCAAAAUGCAAGGAGUUCUGGAGUAUCGGCCCAGAUUAAUCUGGGAAAAAAAUGUUUUCUUUCUUUUUAUCCUUAAUCACAAACAAUAUGGCACUAAUCAGAGAGAAGUUUCAGGAAUGAGUUACCAGUUGCACACAUGCCUCUGGAACAGGUUGCAUGAGCACAUCCUACAAAUCUAUUAAAAACUUCCAUACUUCACCAAAAAUUGGUCAAGGAAAGGGUUCUUAUUUUGCCUGCUUUGUAAAUACACUGGAGCAUGAAACAAUCAAGUGUAGAUUAAGGCCGCUGACGAAAUGUGUUAUCACUACAUUUUGUUCAUUUGAUUUAGAAUAUAAGCUUCAAAGUGGAGUUCUUUGCCUUGGGCUUUCCAAAAAUUACUGCAAUUUUACUGUACUUUACCUUGGAAGAUGGGGAUUAAAGUAGGACAGCUGGGAGAGAGAUGUUGCAGGAGGCUGUCUAUCCCUUUUUCAGGCCUUUGGAGAAUCUGUUCAUCUAGUUGCACCCUGCACUAUUAAAGUGUGGUGUCAAACUUGCCACUAAGUUGUACAAUAGCUGUAUAUGCAGCUUUAAGAGAGCUGCCUGUAUUCCUCAGAAAAAAGCUGAGGGUGUAAUUGCAUGCUGCAAGGCUAGCUGCAUGUUUUUCCUCCUCUCCCAGUUUUAACCGGCAUUAACACACACACACACACACACUAUCUCUCUCUCUCUUGUAAAAUACCUUCUCUGGGAAUAAGAGGCACAUACUUUUGUAAUGUAAUGUACAAUUACCCUACAGCAAUAUGAAUUCAUUUUCUUAGCUGGAGCCAAGAACUAGAAACAGCCCCUGUGUGGAGAGCAGGGGAUUGGGCAACCUGCCCUAGCAGACUUGGAGAGAGGAGGAAGCGCCCACAGGUGCAAUGCGCCACACUUAGUAGUGUAUGCGUGCGUGUGUGCGUGCGUGCAUGCGUGUGUUUGAGAGCGAGAGAGCAAGAGAGAUUUUAAAAAUCGGGCUCUGUAUUUUUAUAACUGUUGCAGCAAAUGUCAAAUGCUGUGUGUGUAUAUAGUGUAUGAUUAUUUUAUAUAAUAUAUGAUGUAUAUUAUAUAAUUUUAUAAAUAAGGCUCCCUAAUGAGAAUUUGCAGUGUUUAUCUGGUUGCUAUGCAAGGACACCUUUCGGUAGGAAAUUAGUAUACAAGAUUUGAUUUGGUUUAUGGUUAGACCUACUGCUGUGCAUCUGCACACUUAUUUUGACGGUGCUUUUAGCCUGCAAAGAAAUUACUUCAAAGUCACCAUGGAAAGGGAGUCACAUCCCUGUAAGCUAAGUUUGGCCUGUUUAGAUGCAGUGUCACAGCUGAUUUGGGCAUAAAUAGGUGCCUUUUCAGGAAGCAAGAAUGUGAAAAUACUUUUGAUGUAAGAAUGUAGGGGGUUCUGGCGUCACUUCCAUAAGAUGGAGCCACUUUGAUUCAGGCAAGCAGUAUGAGUCAUUAAACUGGGAGUCCUAUUUGAAGACUGGGAAAGAAUCUGUAAUAUUAGCAGAAUCUCAUCAAGGACUGCUUUAUUUAUAUUAUGUUACACUGUUUUAAGUGUUUUCCCUUUAUUGUAUUUUAUUUAUAAAAGUUAUAUAUUGCCUUUAUAUUUUAAGGGGAUCAUGCAUUUCUCUUCAAUCAUAAGUAUGUAUGAAUCUUAGAGAACUUAUGCAGGUGACCAAGUUUCUCAGAUCCACGUGCUCACUCACUUUCCACACUCACUUUCCACUCUCAAAUUCUGACUAGUUACUUCUGUGCAGAAAACAGUACCAAAAAAAAAAAAAAAUCUUGAUUUUGCCUCUCCUGAAUUACGACCCUGAGCAUCCUUCUUGGUAACUGGUUAAGUUGUCAUUGUCCGGAGUUUGCUAUGCACAAUGAUUUUGUCAGCCUCUCUAAAGACCGCCUAAGCACUUUCAUGAGACCUACAGCAUCUUAUUUAAAAUCUUCAGAAUACCAGCUCCUUAAUGUUUUGAAUCCUUAUGCUUACACUGAGUGCUUUUGAACCUGCUAAGCAAGCAGAAGCCUACAUUCCUUGUUUCUUGAUAGUGUUUUGGCCCUUAUGAAAUUUCUCCUGAAUGACCGCCCUACAUUUUUCUCAUUCAUAAAAUUCACUAUUGGAAUAUGAUGACAGCGGAGUAAGUGCUGCAUUUCUGUCCUCAGUUUUUCAUAAGUCCAGUCUCACGAAAAAGAUACGAAUUAUGCCAGUUGUUUGGAACAAAGUCAGAAAGUCGCCCUGGCAUUUUUGUCCCGAAUUUUAAACUUUUCCUUUGGUUCACCCUUGGGUCUUUGACUCUUUGGGAAUGAUUUUGACAAUUUAUGCAUGAGAUGACCUGAGCCCCAGCUAUUUAUGAUUACGCAGCAGCUGCCCAUGUUGAGCUUGUUGCCGGCUGCCUGUUCUGCCAUCACUGCAGCCUGCUCUUUGCCUCAGAAGGACUUCAAACUUGCUUUUAAUCUCCAUCCCUUCCAGAAUAUGCAAGUGUGACCUCUUAUGCUCAAAUUGGCACGACUUGCAGGAGGACGUCACCAGCACGAGUAGCUUCUUGAGCUUCAACUAUAUCUUUUCUUGAGCAAUUUUUCUUAUGGUACACAGCCGAACCACACAAAGGUCCUAUAUAUCAAAGUCUCGCCUUCCAGUCCUUGAAAAGUCACUUGGCUAAGUAAAGUAUUGCUGUCUAAGCAACAAGUGUUCUUAUAUAUGUACUUUUGUUUUGCAAAUAAAUGAUUUAAAGAUGCAUGUUUUUUGUAUUAUAUAGAAGAAAUACACUAUAUUUUCCUCUAAAGGUUGUAAUAUUCUUAUUGUGCAAAUGUUUAAAUGUAGUUUUGGGCAGGAUUUUCAUUGUGUUUUAAUAUUAAAGAGAAUGCUGCUGCUUUUA